UUUGAUAGCUAACCCACUAGCUAUCAAUAUGGCUCCUAUUAAGCGUAUUACCUAUGCUUUCCCUUAUUAUUCGCCACCUCCACCACCAUCUCCAUCAUCACCCGUUGCAACACCGCCACCACCUCCGGCACCGAAGCCACCUCGUCCCUCAAUUCCUCCUCCAUCUCCAAUAGUUAAACCACCACCACCACCACCAUCUCAUCCAAUGGUUCCACCACCUCCUCAUAUUGUUCCAACGCCACCUCCACCACCCCCGGGGAACCACACUACCAUUAUAAUAGUCGUGUUUGUAUCACUUGGUAGUCUUUUCUUCCUUGCUUGCCUCUCAGCAGCUUUGUGUUGUUUCUUCAUGAAGAAGAAGAAGAAGAAGAAGAAGAAGAAGAAGAAGAUGGUUGAAGAAACUGAGAUCAUAAAUAUGGAUGAACACAUCAAAUUCCAGGAAGCCAUCGUUCAGGGUCCCCAUGGUACGCAAGUUAAGGUACUAUCUGUGGAGGAGGACGUGCAUAUACAAGAAAAGAUUAAGAAGAAAGAAGAGGUUGGUGAAGGAUCCCACACCCAUACCCACGUCAGCAGUGGAGAUGGAGAAGGAGAGAGCAUUAUUAAUUCUCGAGCAAUUGAGGUUGGGCCAUCCUCUCACACUUCCAAUCCAAUCCAAUCCCAUCUUCAGUAGAAGCCCUGAUUAUUAGUUAUUUACGUGCAUGCAAGGGCAUUGGACAAGGCUGCCAGUGGGU